UUCACCAGCAUGUUCAUCGACCCGGAUUGCCAAUUUUCUCCCGCUACCCCUCCACCUCCCCCUCCUGUUUGUUCGACCCCAGAACCUGUUGCAUCUUGUUCUGGCGUGUCCGACAUUAACCCGCCAGCUGUUGCAACCCUGCGAUCCAAGAAACGAAGGGCUAAAUCUGGUGCCGCUCACCCUGAUGAGGUAAAGGCCAAGCUCUUCAGAAUUGAGCUAGAGAUCGGAGAGCAGGUGCUUGCAAGCAAUAAAGCGCGGGAGGAGAGGGAGGUGGAAAAGCAUAAGCUGAUUGUUCGUAUGGCUGUCGAACAACAUGACAUGGUUGUGAAACAACAUGAGAUGGUUGUCGAGCAACAUCAGAGGCAGGAAGCAAGGGAGAUUGCUUUAUAUGAAGCAAAAUUGGCAAAGUUGCAUCGGCAGUAA